CAUCGUCAUCGUUGGCGUCGUCCUCAUCAUCACCACUGCUCGUCCCACAACACCAUCGUCGUCUGCAUCUCGUCAUCUGAAGCUCACUGAGAAGAGGAAGCAGAGGCGGGGAAGACUUAUCUCAUUCAAACAAACUUUAGGAGAAGGGGAGGAAUCGAAGGAGGGGCUGCUAGUGGAAGGUUUUCUCUUGGGUUUUUUUUUUUCUUUUUCUCGAGACGCGGUGGGGAGAAGAAGAUGGCGGAAGAGAUAGGGUUGGAUCUGAACCUCUUCUCGGGGAAUCAUCACGCGUUGCAGUUGAAGCUCUCGACCGACGCUUCGACUUCGCUGCCGGGCCUUCGUCUUCACAACGCAUCUCCACGUGCGGAUCUCUCUCCAGACAGAAAUCCCGGCAACUUCAGAGUGGAGACGAGACGCUUUCUUAAGGGGAUCGAUGUGAAUCGACUGCCUGAUGCCACGGACGGAGACGGCUUCGAGGAAGAGGAGGAAGAGGAAGCCGUAGCCAGAGCAUCCUCGCCUGCAAGCACGGUCUCGAGCCUGAGCCUGAGCGGCAACAAGCGAGGAGGAGACAACGAUCUCCUCCUGGAGGAUGACAGGUCUUCUCCUAGAGGAGGCGCCGGAGGAGGAAAUGGUGCCAGCGACGAGGAGGACACCUCCAGGAAGAAGCUGAGGCUAACCAAGGACCAAUCUGCCGUCUUGGAGGAGAGCUUCAAGGAGCACCCCACUCUCAAUCCCAAGCAAAAACUAGCGUUGGCCAAGCAGUUGAAUCUCCGGCCCAGGCAGGUGGAAGUCUGGUUCCAGAACCGCAGAGCAAGAACCAAGUUGAAGCAGACAGAAGUGGACUGCGAAUUUCUCAAGCGUUGUUGUGAGAAUUUGACGGAAGAGAACCGGAGACUGCAGAGAGAGUUGCAGGAGCUCCGGGCGCUCAAGCUCUCCCCUCAAUUUUACAUGCCUGUCCAAGCCACCACGCUCACCAUGUGCCCUUCUUGUGAGAAGCUGGCGGCCAUGGCCGCCACCAACAACCAUUGCCGGAUCCCGCCAUCCGCCAUUAGCCCGAUUCCAAUCCGCGGCUUCGACAUGCCGGCGCGUUCAUGAGAGAAAGAACUGGUGUAACCGGUGGAGCCUUCCUUUUUUCUGGUUUUCCGGCCGAUUGCUGUGUUUCUUUUGCCAUGCGAGUGUUAUCUAUCAAACAUAGAUUAACACGUCGGUCUGAGCCUUUCUUUUCUCUCUAAUUAAAGAACAAAUUUGUAGCCGGAUUCUUUUGUUAUGAAUGUAAAAAUCUGUAGCUUUGUAUCUGAAAUUAUCGGAAUCAAUGAAUAGCUGCUUCUUUACAAAAUUC